GCAUGGCGCGUCAUUGGAGAGGGACGAUGAUGGCGGCGGUCGGUGCACCAGAAGUGAUCACACAGCUGGAAAGCGCUGCCAAAGUUUUAAUGGCACCGCCGUCCAUGGUCAGCACAGAGCAGAGGCAGCAUGCUGAACACGUAUUCCUCUCCUUCAGGAAGUCCAAAUCCCCUUUUGCCAUCUGCAAGCACAUCUUGGAGACCAGUAAGGUGGAUUAUGUGCUGUUCCAGGCAGCCACAGCCAUCAUGGAGGCCGUGGUGCGGGAGUGGAUCUUGCUGGAGAAAACCAGCAUUGAGUCACUUCGGGCAUUCCUCCUCACCUACGUCUUACAGAGACCCAAUCUGCAGAAGUAUGUCCGUGAGCAGAUCCUGUUGGCUGUGGCGGUCAUCGUGAAGCGGGGCUCUCUAGACAAAUCCAUCAACUGUAAAAGCAUCUUUCAUGAGGUCGGACAGCUCCUCAGCAGCGGGAACCCCACAGUGCAAACACUGGCCUGCUCCAUCCUGACCGCUCUCCUCAGUGAGUUCUCCAGCUCCAGUAAGACCAGCAGCAUCGGCCUCAGCAUGGAGUUCCACGGCAGCUGCAAGCGUGUUUUCCAGGAGGAGGGCCUGCGUCAGAUCUUUAUGUUGACCAUGGAGGUUCUGCAGGAGUUCAGCCGCAGAGAAAACCUCAACGCCCAGAUGUCGUCUGUCUUCCAGCGCUACCUGGCUUUGGCCAACCAGGUCCUCAGCUGGAACUUCCUGCCACCUAAUCUGGGGCGCCACUACAUCGCCAUGUUCGAGGCCACGCAGAACGUCACGCUCAAGCCUACGGAGUCCUGGAGGGAAGCGCUGCUGGACACCCGCGUCAUGGACCUCUUCUUCACUGUGCACAGGAAGAUUCGGGAGGACUCUGACAUGGCCCAGGACUCUCUGCAGUGUCUGGCCCAGCUGGCCUCCAUGCACGGGCCCGUUUUCCCCGACGAGAGUGCCCAGAUCUCCUACCUGGCCCACCUGGUGGAGGGUCUGCUCAGCAUGAUCAACGGGAUUGAGAUCGAGGACUCCGAGGCGGUUGGCAUCUCCAAUAUCAUUUCCAACUUGAUCACCAUGUUCCCUCGAAGCAUUUUAACUGCACUACCCAGCGACCUGUUCACCUCCUUCAUCAACUGCCUCACACUGCUCACCUGCUCCUUUGGACGCAGUGCCGCCCUGGAGGAGGUGCUGGAUAAGGACGACAUGGUCUACAUGGAGGCCUACGACAAGCUGCUGGAGUCUUGGCUGACGCUCGUCCAGGAUGAGGAGCAUUUUCCUCGCGGCUGCUUCGUCCAGCCGGCAGUUCAGGUCUUCAACUCAUACAUCCAGUGUCACUUGGCUGCUCCUGACGGUACCCGCAACCUGUCAGUGAAUGGCAUAGCGUCUCACGAAGAGGACGAGAUCAACGAGCUGCAGGAAGAUGACAGAGAGCUGUUCUCGGACCAGUUAUCCAGCAUCGGCAUGCUGGGACGUGUGGCUGCUGACCACUGUAUCCCUCUGCUCACAAGUCUGCUGGAGGACCGGGUGACACGGCUGCACGGUCAGCUGCAGAGGACCCAGCAGCACCUCAUGGCUUCGUCUGACCUUGGAUCAGUGGACCGCAAAGUCCUAGACGACCUCUAUGAGGACAUCCACUGGCUCAUACUGGUCUCAGGGUAUUUACUUGCAGACGACCCUCAGGGCGAAACCCCAUUGAUCCCCUCAGAGGUGAUGGAGUUCUCCAUAAAACACUCGACAGAAGUUGACAUCAACACGACGCUGCAGAUCCUGGGCUCACCGGGGGAGAAGGCCUCCUCCAUACCGGGCUGCAACCGCACCGACUCAGUCAUCAGGCUGCUGUCUGCAGUUUUGCGGACGUCAGAGGUGGAGUCCAGGGCGACCAGAGCGAGCCUGACGGAGCUGCUGAGUCCGCAGAUGGGGAAGGACAUCAUGUGGUUCCUCAGACGCUGGGCCAAGACGUACCUGCUGGUGGACGAGAAGCUUUACGAGCAGAUCAGCAUGCCCCUGAGCACAGCCUUUGGUGCCGACACAGAGGGGGCCCAGUGGAUUGUGGGAUAUCUUCUGGAGAAGGUCAUCAACAACCUGUCCGUGUGGAGCUCGGAGGCUGAGCUGGCCAACGACACCGUGGAGCUGCUGGUGACGCUGGUAGAGAAGAGGGAGAGGGCAAACAUCGUGGUGCAGUGUGAAAGCUGGUGGAACCUGGCCAAGCAGUUUGCCAGCCGCAGCCCUCCUCUCCACCUGCUGUCCAGCUCCGUGCAGAGGUCUCUGAUGAAGGCUCUGGUCCUGGGAGGCUUCGCACACAUGGACUCUGACACCAAACAGCAAUACUGGGCCGAGGUGCUGCAUCCUCUCCAGCAGCGCUUCCUCAACCUCAUCAACCAGGAGAACUUCGCACAGAUCAGCCAGGAGGAGGCCGUCAAACAGGAAAUCGUCGCUACGUUGGAGGCGUUGUGCGGCAUCGCAGAGGCGACGCAGAUCGACAACGUGGCCUCGCUCUUCUCCUUUCUCAUGGACUUCCUGUCCAGCUGCAUCGGCCUCAUGGAGGUUUACAGCAACACACCUGAGACAAUCAACCUCAUCAUUGAGGUGUUUGUCGAAGUGGCUCACAAGCAGAUCUGCUACCUUGGAGAGACAAAGUCCAUGAAGCUCUACGAGGCGUGCCUGACGCUGCUGCAAGUCUACUCUAAAAACAACCAGAGCAGGAAGCGGAGCGACGCCACGGCCGAGGAGGACCAGUACCAAGACCUGCUGCUCAUCAUGGAGCUGCUCACAAACCUGCUCUCCAAAGAGUUCAUCGACUUCAGCGACACCGACGAGGUGUUCCGAAGCCAAGACCAGGGAACACCGGCCUCCAACCGGACAGUAUCAGCAGCAGACGUGGUUCUUUAUGGCGUCAAUAUUGUUCUUCCCCUCAUGUCUCAGGACCUGCUCAAGUUCCCCUCCCUGUGUAAUCAGUACUACAAGCUCAUCACCUUCAUCUGUGAGAUCUUCCCAGAAAAGAUCCCUCAGCUGCCCGAAGAGCUCUUUAAGAGCCUCAUGUUCUCCCUAGAGCUGGGAAUGACCUCGAUGAGUUCAGAGAUCAGCCAGCUGUGUUUGGAGGCUUUGUCUCCUCUGGCUGAACAGUGCGCCAAAAACCAGGAGAAGGACACGCCUCUCUUUAUCGCCACCCGGCACUUCCUCAAGUUGGUGUUUGACAUGCUGGUCCUGCAAAAACACAACACAGAGAUGACGGUGGCUGCAGGAGAAGCCCUCUACACACUCGUGUGUCUGCACCAGGCGGAGUACUCUGAGCUGGUGGAGACUCUGCUGUCCUCACAGAGAGAUGCCGUCAUCUACCAGCGGCUGGCCGACGCCUUCAACAAGCUGACGGCCAGCAGCACGCCGCCCACCAUGGACCGCAAGCAGAAGGUCGCCUUCCUCAAGAGCCUGGAGGAGUUUGUGGCCAACGUGGGCGGCCUGCUCUGCGUGAAAUAACCACUGGAAACCGAAUCCGCCUCCACUCAUCGUUAUGAAAAGCAACCAAUCAAACACCCUCUGACCCCCCGCCUGUUCCUGAAGAAUUAUGGGUAAAAGAGACGGCCUGAUGCCUCUGAGGACCUGCUGGGGAAUCCAUCUCAUGCCUGAAUGUUUACCCCGUUUUCACCUCCUUGGAUUUUUUUUUUCUUCUUUUUUGUUUUGUUUUCCUCCUCUCUUGUUACACCCAGCCCCUCCAGAUUGACAGACUUAAUGAUGGUGAUGUGGUAACCAUGGAGACUGGACUGCAGAGCAGACGGGCUCAGUCAGAGGAUCCUGCCCUGUUAGACUGAAACAAUGGAGCACUGACCAUCAUGACGACGGGAGGCAGAGCUGCAGCCGACAGUGAUGUUGUUUUCCUCCCCGGCCACCUCCUCGUGUACCUGGAGGCUCCUGGAGCGCACACACACACACACACACACACACACAUAUAGAGUGACAUUGAGGGUCAAACAGGUUGCAGUUUUUGGAAAGUUGUGAACUUUUUUUCCAGUGUGAGGUUUUUGGAUGUAGCUGACGGUAUUAGAGGGGCCAUUUUUAUUUCAAGAAUGCCAUGGCGACCACCCACUUCUCCCAGUACACUCACACACUUCAUUUUAACAGUUUCCAUUUUUAAACACACACACUUGCACACACAUCGCCCCAAUUCUUCCCAGAGUGCCUUUGUUUUGUUGAUUGUCCUGUGUGUGUGUGUGUGUGUGUGUGUGCGUGUGCACGUGUGCGCGUGUGUGUGUGAAACAUGUCCUACAUCUACUGACAACGUCGACCGUGCCUGCCAUUCGCCAAGAAUACAGCGGAUGCACACACACACACACACACACACACACACACACUCACACACAUAAACAAACA